GAAGAUGACGUAUUUCUCCAGCGCCUCGUCCUGAGGAAGUGUCAGCCCGCUAGAGCUGUUGGCAGACGCUGAGCAGAGGGUUCGGGUGCUGGACUGAAGGGGGUCACUUGGCUGGUUGUUCUUGUUCUGGGGCAAGAACUAUGUCAUGGAUCAAGGAAGGAGAGUUGUCACUUUGGGAGCGCUUCUGUGCCAACAUCAUAAAGGUAGGCCCAAUGCCCAAACAUAUUGCAUUCAUAAUGGACGGCAACCGUCGCUAUGCCAAGAAGUGCCAGGUGGAGCGGCAGGAGGGCCACUCACAGGGCUUCAACAAGCUGGCUGAGACUCUGCGCUGGUGUUUGAACCUGGGCAUCCUGGAGGUGACAGUCUAUGCAUUCAGCAUUGAGAACUUCAAACGCUCCGAGAGUGAGGUAGAAGGGCUGAUGGAUCUGGCCCGGCAGAAGUUCAGCCGCCUGCUGGAAGAACAGGAGAAGCUGCAGAAGUAUGGGGUGUGUAUCCGGGUCCUGGGUGAUCUGCAUCUGUUGCCCUUGGAUCUCCAGCAGCUGAUUGCACAAGCUGUGCAGGCCACUAAGAACUACAACAAGUGUUUCCUAAACGUCUGCUUUGCAUACACCUCCCGUCACGAGAUCAGCAAUGCUGUGAGAGAGAUGGCCUGGGGUGUGGAACAAGGCCUGCUGGAUCCCAGUGACAUCUCUGAGUCUCUGCUUGAUAAGUGCCUCUAUACCAACCGCUCUCCUAACCCUGACAUUUUGAUACGGACUUCCGGGGAAGUGCGGCUGAGCGACUUCUUGCUCUGGCAGACCUCCCACUCCUGCCUCGUGUUCCAGCCCAUCCUGUGGCCAGAGUACACAUUCUGGAACCUCUGCGAGGCCAUUCUGCAGUUCCAGACGAACCAUAGCAUGCUUCAGCAGAAAGCCCGAGACAUGUAUGCAGAGGAGCGGAAGAGGCAGCAGCUGGAGAGGGACCAGGCCGCAGUGACAGAGCAGCUGCUGCGAGAGGGGCUCCAGGCCAGUGGGGACGCCCAGCUCCGACGGACACGCUUGCACAAACUCUCCGCCAGACGGGAAGAGCGAGUCCAAGGCUUCCUGCAGGCCUUGGAACUCAAGAGGGCUGACUGGCUGGCACAUCUGGGCACUGCAUCAGCCUGAAUGAGGCUGGCCACCUGCCACUUUGCCCUGCCCUCUGCCUCCAGGGCCCCACUCCCCUUUCUUUUCUUGGCUUUUGAAAGGCACCUCCCUCUUGAUGAAUUGUGUUCCCUAUGCUUGGCAGGGGAGCCCCCAAGCUAGGUCUGCUGGCCACAGAUACCUUUGGGCUGCAUUGGACAGCUGAGCCUUGGGGAGAGUCGAGGUGAAGGUCUCCCACAAGUGCACUAAACUCAGCUCUGGUCACCAGUCAGUUUGGAGAGUAGGUCCCGCCCCUCCACCUUUGCCACCAAUGCCUGUGCGCCUGGAUGCACUUUUUCCACCAGCACAUCCUUCAACACAGGGUUGCCGGGAAGAGAGCUGCCCAUGACCUGACCCCUCGCCCACCCGUCUUAGCCUUCCACCUGACUUUCACAAAAGACAUGGCUCCACCUUGGGUGUGCUGGCAGAGCUCACAGGCGCAGCCAGCGUUAUUUGGGCAAAGAAAGGGGCGGGAAGAGAGGAAGAAAAUGUGCCCAUCUGCUGCUCCUCCCCUUGGCUCUCCACCUGGGAUUUGCUAUUGAAUCUCGACCCCCUCCCACCACGCAGUACUGAUUGCUCACUAAAGGCUCAGCGCCCCCAAUGGCGCGCCGAAGCCAGGCGGGUGAUUACAAUCCAAUUACCUAUUGUCGACUCAGCCCA